UACUUAUUGAAAGCAGAGACGGUUCAGAAAGUGUGACUUGUUGGUUGUUUAAAGAACAACUUUGUUAAAAGUGAAAAGUCGUGAAGUCCGCAGCUGUGACGUCACGUGUCUCGCGGAGCUACAAUACUUUCACUUUCAUUUAUCCGGAAGAAGAAUAAAGCUGCGUUCAAAUUGUAGAGCCAUGUACAGGAAGAAGACUAAAGUCAAGAUGUCAGGCAAUAGAAUGGAGGAAUCGGAGCCCAUGGAAGACGAAGAUGAGGUUCAAGUCACACUCUCAUUUAAGCGGUCAGAAGAUGUUUCAAAGCGGAAAUGUCGUCGAGAACUGGAGCGAGUUCUUCAAAUGUGGAUCAACAACAACGACAAUUACAGUGGAGAUUGCAAAGUUUUAGAAGUCCUAGAAGAUAAUAGGGCUGUGAUACGUCUUAAACCUGCUCCAGCCCUGAGAGCGCUUCAGAAACUGAGUGGAGCACUACUGAAGGGGAAAGAAGGGAAAACAGUCACAAUAACGUCUAUUAGUUUGACGCCGCUAGAGGUUGAGACACAAAUAUCAAAGGCGUCAAUGAACCUUCCUCCAUCAUCCUUGACACAGCCACAAGAUGUGCAGCAAGUGCCACUGGGGAAGCAGAGUAGUGCAGUUUCUACAACAGGAGAGGUUAAAUACACUCUCCCAGUGGGCCAUUUCUGGUACGUGAACCACAUCUACAAGGAGGAAAUUCAACGUAUAGAGAAAGAGAAUGACGUUAAACUUGAGGUGGAAGUCACAACGACAUUUCAAGGAGACCAGAAAGAUGGAGGCCCACAAAAAGCUCUCGCUGAGUUCAUAAACCUCGUCCAUAAGUGCUUAGGUGAUUCAGAUAGCUCAACUUUGCCACUAAAGGACGUAGAUCCAGAAGAGUUUAAGGACGUGAUGAAAAUCUCCCUGAGAAAGGAGGACAAGCUUUUGCUUACUCUUUCCAAUGAAGAAAUGACCAUAUGUGGGCCAAGACCAAGACAAGAUGCCCUCAGAAAGUCCUUAAAUGCAACAAGCAAACAAGAUGUCUUUGGUAUGAUGAAGGGAGACCAGCCACAUGGAAAAAUGCAGGAAUUAGUCUCUGACAAAGACAGAGAGAACCAGUAUUUAAAAAAAAUAACUACCCGCUUUAGUUCUCUCUUCUCAACUGUCUUUGUUUCAGUGAGUGUUGCUGCUGUUGAGCAUUGUGUCGGUUUUCUACUCACUCUCUGGUUGCUUGCAGCGGUGGGACAAAGCUAUAUCUGUGGUGUGGCUCGUUCCAGUUGUCGGGUUCUCAAUGAGGCCUUUGCCAAACUUAUUCACUCGGAAGACGUAGUUGUUGAUGUAAGUGACAAACAAGAUGUCUUUGAUAUGAUGAAGGGAAACCAGCCCGAUGGAAAAAUGACAUGGCAUACAAAUACCGUACCCCUCCCUGGAUUCUCACACUGCGGCACUAUAGUCAUCAACUACGAUAUUCAAAGUGGAAUACAGACGGAAAAGCAUUCAAAUCCUGGACAGUACUUUACUGGUAUUCACAGAACAGCAUACCUGCCAGACAACAAUGAGGGCAGAGAAGUGCUGCACCUGUUGGAGAAAGCAUUUGACCAGAAGCUCAUUUUCACUGUUGGUACGUCCAGAACAACCGGGAGGGAUAACCAGGUGACCUGGAACGACAUUCACCACAAGACCAACACUACAGGAGGAUCAGACGGUUUCGGGUAUCCUGACCCUGGCUACCUGGCCAGAGUCAAGGACGAGCUGAAGGCUAAAGGCAUCGAGUGAAGACUUCUAUACAAAGUUGCUGAGGAGAGUUGUUUUCACAUAAAAGAAUUAAGACAAUUAUGUAAAACAAUCAAUUACUGGAAUGCACAUAUUGCAUACUGUCUCUCUUGUCAUUGUUUAUUAUCAGUAAGGGUUGCUUUGAGUUUAUGGUUUAUCACGUUUUAUUAUCUUCACUUAUUAAGCAUAACUUUAUUUGAUGAAGGAUUUGCUAAAGAAUUUUGUUGUUUGAUAAAGUAUUUUUAUUUGAAACUGUACGUAUGACAUUUGCAUAUAUAAAUUGAACUUUGUCUACAUUUAAUCUAAUUUACUAUUUGCCAAAUGAUUAAACCAACAUUAAACUGACUCAUCAUAGCAUUCUUCACUAAAUCAGCACGUUGUGAAAAUAAAACACAAAACACAUCGGCUUGUUUUCUGUACAAUUUUUUAAUUUUUAUUUAUAACAAUAUCUGUUAUUUAGUUUGUAAAGUACUCCAGCAAAAAUUAAACAUUAUUCUCUUUCCAGAAGAAAGUCUGAGCUUCCAUGCAUCGUGUACUAUAAAAGCUAUGUGUCAU